AUGAACAUUUGUAUUUCAAGUACUUCAUGUGCACACUACAAGUCACAAAAUCAAAUAUUAAAAAUACUGCUAAAAAAUUAUCAACACAACAAACAAAUAUUUCAAUAUGAAAUUAUAUAUGGCAACGCUAAUAGCGCAAGUGCAAACAACACCAGAAAUAUUAACAACAUAAACAACAACACAAACAUCAGCACACAUCCCAACACCACAAAUCUAUAUAACACAAACCUCAACAACACAAAUCUCACCAACAUAAGUACCAACAAUACGCACUUCAACACAAAUCUCAACAACACAAAUUUCAACAACACAAAUCUCAACAACAUAAGUACCAACAACUCAAAUACCAACAACACACAUUUCAACACAAAUACCAACACAAAUGUCAACAACACACAUUUCAACACAAAUCUCAACAACACAAAUACCAAUUCAAAUCUCAACAACACAAACACCAACAACACACAUUUCAACACAAAUCUCAACAACACAAAUACCAAUUCAAAUCUCAACAACACCAAUACCAACAACACAAAUACCUACAACACAAAUCUCAACAACUCAAACGCCAAUUACGCUUAUGUCACCUCACACAUAAAUCUGAACAUCACAAACAACAACAAUACAAAUGCUAACAUUUUCAACACGGCAAACAACAUAGCUACCAAACUACAAAUACUAAACAUUAAAAGUAUAUACUGUACCACUUUAAUUAAUGAGUUCUACAAUGAUCAGAGAUUCCUGAAACCAAUCGACCACCUGUACAACACAAGACGUCGAGCAGAAGGAAGAUACAAAGUAGAUCGCCACAGAAAUAACUACGACAAGCCAUUUGGCUUCGCGGGGUUAGAAUUAAGAAAAAUGUAA